GCGGCAACAAGCAAGCUAUAUAAGCAAUAAUAGGUGUUACUAAUGCGUUUAUAAGACUGUAUGUUUACAAUAAAUCGUAUUGAUUGUUGGGUGCAGUGUGUUCGUGGGUAGGAUUUUAACACGUACUUGGGUGAAAAACUUUUUGACAAUCAAGACAGUUUCGUGGGAAUGUUUGACAGUUAUGGGUUUCUCUGAUACUUGAUAACGUCUGAAAAUUGUUACCGGAAGCAAAAUCAUCAUGGUACACAAACCAGCAACGUUUGCCUACGACUUCUGGUUGAGAGGUAACACCGAACCUCAAGUUGAACUGAGUUGCCUGAUGCCUAACGGAGUUCACAUUCCCAUUGAAGCCAAUCGGGAUGCGACGCUACAGGAAAUCAAAGAGGAGCUGUGGGAGGAGGCCAGCAAGUUCCCGCUGCACUGGAUGCUGCACGACUCGUCGGCGUACGUGUUCUCGUGCAUCACGUCCAUGGCGGAGGUGGAGGAGCUCUUGGACGAGACGCGUCGCCUCUGCGACAUCCGCCCCUUCUGCUGCAUCUUCCGCAUCAUCGAGCGGCGCGGCGACAGCGCCACGGACGAGAAGACCCUGGACGUGCACAUCAGCCAGCUCAUCGGCAAGCCCCUAACGGAGUUUGACCAGCUCAAGAACACGGAGGUGAACGACUUCCGGUUCAAGAUGAAGAUGCUGGGGGAGGAGACGGCGGCGGAGCGGCGCGCCAAGUCGUGGGCGGAGAAGGUCCGGUACCAGUUCCCGGCGCGGCUCGCCGACAUGCCCGACCUGCCGCCGGCCGUCGCGGUGCGCCUGCGCGACGGCAACUUCGCGCUGGCCACGCGGUUCGAGGACAAGGACAUGUCGUUCACGUUCAACGUGCCGUGCUCGAUGACGCCGCGGCAGCUGCUGCAGAGCGUGCUGAACAAGCGCUCGAUCACGCUGAACUCGCGCGACGAGAGCGUGGACGAGCUGGUGCUGAAGGUGGCGGGCCGGGAGGAGUACCUGGUGGGCGACUGCCCGCUGGUGCGGUUCCAGUACGUGCGCGACAUGCUGGCGCGCGACGCCUGCCCCCUGCUGGUCAUGAUGUCGGCCGGCCACGUGCCAGUGGACGCGGGCUCCAUCCCCAGCCGCCCCGAGAGCUCGGACGGCUCCCGCGCCCGCUCCCACUCCACCAUGACGUACCGGCGCCGCGGCCGCCACAUGUCCUCCUGGGACAUCGAGAAGGCCUUCACCUUCCAGGUGUGCGCCAUGUCGCGCCUCAACUGCGACACCAGCCGCGUCGUCGAGGUGGGGGUGCAGGCGGGCCUGUUCCACGGCGGCAAGGCCCUGUCGGAGCCGCAGAAGACGAGCGAGAAGCCCGUGUCGAAGGAGGGCUGCUGCGAGUGGGACGAGGACCUGGAGUUCGACCUGCAGGUGCGCGACAUCCCCCGCAUGGCCCGCCUCUGCCUCGUCGUCUACGAGACCUCCAAGACCGCCAAGGGCAUCAAGUCCAAGAAGCUCAAGGACUCCAAGCAGGACCUGAACGUGAACCCGCUGGCGUGGGUGAACACGACGGUGUACGACUUCAAGAACAUGCUGAAGACGGGCGCCAUGACGCUGUACAUGUGGACGUACGCCGAGGACAUCCAGAGCGACGACCUGCUCCACCCGCUGGGCACCAUCGUGUCCAACCCCAACGUUGAGCAGGCCACCACGCUCACCCUCACCUUCCACAGGCACCACUCGGAGCUGACGGUGAUGUACCCGUCGCUGGAGGCGGUGCUGAGCCGCGCUGAGCAGCUGCGGGAGCCCGAGGCCCAGCAGGAGCCCCGGGAGGACGGCGAGGCGGGCGAGGAGAAGGAGGUGGCGGAGGAGGAGGGGGAGGGCGAAGGCGGCGACGAGGAGGGGAGCGGGUUGUUCCCGGACAGCCUGCGCGGCAUCGCUGACAACCCCUUGCACGAGCUCCACGAGCAGGAGCGACGCCUGAUCUGGGACCUGCGGUACAGCUGCCUGCGCCACCACCCCACGCUGCUGCCCAAGCUUCUGGACUGCGUCGAGUGGAACGACCACACCCAGGUGUGCGAGGUGACGUACCUGCUGCAGAAGUGGCCCAAGCUGCCCGUGGAGAAGGCCCUGGAGCUGCUGGACUACGCCUACGCUGACCAGGAGGUGCGGAGCUUCGCCGUGCGCUGCCUGCACGACGCCAGCGACGACGAGGUGCUGCUGUUCCUGCUGCAGCUGGUGCAGGCGGUCAAGCACGAGUCCUACCUGUCGUGCGACCUGGUCGAGUUCCUGCUCAAGCGCGCCCUAAACAACCAGAAGAUCGGCCACUACCUCUUCUGGCACCUCAGGUCGGAGAUGCAGGUGGCGUCGGUGUCGGUGCGGUUCGGCCUGAUGCUGGAGGCGUACUGCCGCGGCUGCCAGGAGCACAUGCGGGCGCUGCAGCGCCAGGCCACCUGCCUGGAGAAGCUGAAGGAGGCCAGCAAGGCGGUGCGGCUGGUCAGGGACAAGGACAAGGCCCGCGCCGCCCUGCAGAAGCUGCUCACCGAGGAGCACUACAAGGAGUCCUUCUCCAAGUUCGUCAACCCGCUGGACCCGUCCUUCCGCUGCACGCAAGUCUGGCACGAGCGGUGCCGCGUCAUGGACAGCAAGAUGCGGCCGCUGUGGAUCAUCCUGGAGAACGCGGACCGCCACGGGGAGGACAUCUACCUCAUCUUCAAGAACGGCGACGACCUGCGGCAGGACAUGCUCACCCUGCAGAUGAUCCGCAUCAUGGACAAGCUGUGGAAGAACGAGGGGCUGGACCUCAGGAUGAACCCGUACGGCUGCGUGUCCACGGAGCACCGCGUGGGGCUGAUCGAGGUGGUGCUGAACGCGGAGACCAUCGCCAACAUCCAGAAGGAGAAGGGCAUGCUGGCGGCCACGUCUGCCUUCAGGAAGGGCUCCCUUCUGGCGUGGCUGAAGGACCACAACCCCACGGACUCGGCACUCAACAAGGCCAUUGAGGACUUCACGCUGUCGUGCGCGGGCUACAGUGUUGCCACCUACGUGCUGGGCGUGGCCGACCGGCACUCGGACAACAUCAUGGUGAAGAGGACGGGUCAGCUCUUCCACAUAGACUUUGGCCACAUCCUGGGCCACUUCAAGGAGAAGUUCGGGUUCCGGCGCGAGCGCGUGCCCUUCGUGCUGACCCACGACUUCGUGCACGUCAUCAACAAGGGCCAGACGACCAAGAAGGAGGCGCGCGAGUUCGAGGUGUUCCAGAAGUGCUGCGAGGACGCCUUCCUCGUGCUGCGCAAGCACGGCCGCCUCAUCCUGUCGCUGUUCGCGAUGAUGAUCUCCACGGGGCUGCCCGAGCUCAGCUCCGAGAAGGACCUCAACUACCUGAGGGACACACUGGUUCUGGACAUGACUGAGGAAGACGCGCGGCAGCACUUCAAGUCGAAGUUCGACGAGGCCCUGAGCAACUCGUGGAAGACGUCGUUGAACUGGGCGACGCACAACAUCUCCAAGAACAACAACCAGUGACGCUCGCGGCGCGCUUAGGGCCGCAGGCGGGGGAAGUGUGUCCGCCGGGGCAGGUAAUGAUUGACUGGCGCGCGUCUUUCGAUUCGAACGUCGCUGGUGGAUUCUUUGGGAAACGCGGGGGUGCACACGCUCUCUGCGCUUGGCGCUGAAUGCGUCGUUGGGAUUUCAUCCUUGCUCUUCACGUUUUCACCGCUAGCUCUUGAUACAUUUGCUAGCUCAAGACAGAUUGUUCACUGGUACUUUUUUUUUUUUUUUUUUUUCAUUUUCAUGCACCUGCGAGAAUGUUAUCUAUUUUUUUUUUUUUUAAAUAUAUAUAUUUCUACUUUUUUGUGUUUACACUACAGGCAUACCUGUAAGAUAAAUAUUCUACUCAUUGGCCUCCAGUUGUAUCAAGAGCUAGUCAAGACGUUGGCCUAAAGUAAACACGUGCCGUGUGAUGCAAAAACAGCGCCGACGCCAACUUAGUAUGUUGAUGCGUGGUAGGAAACUGAUUAUUUUCCAAGAGAGCAGGCUCAAGUUCAGAAAAGCAUGGUGGACAUGAAAUUUUACAGUCGAGAGGUGUAAGAUGUGACCGUGUUGGUCAUAGAACAGGACUCUCUCUCUACCAAUCCAUCUGUGUGAACUUGUGGUGUCCAGAUGUUGCCUUACAUUAAAAAAGAGUUCUUGGAGCUCUGUUGCGUUGCAGGCACUCGACUUGGAGGAAUCAGUAGUGGCACCACGCCCAGUAGGAUCGGCAAAACAUCUCUUAGAUUUGUUAGGAUGCCAAGAACAAUGCGAAAAUUUCACACAUGCUUUUAAGGUGCCCGAACCAUGCAUUUUGAAACAUAGGUCUCCUUUCGUAAGUGAAUCAGUUUCCCAUCCCACACGAGAUACUCAGCUUUUGUUUGUGUGAUUAUGUAUCACCCGGUACAGCACAUGUUAACUUAUUGUAAUGUCAACUUUUAUUACUUGUAAUAUUUGCUAUGAAUGAGCUGUUGGCAAAAGAUCUCAGUUAGGGAAAUAUCAACACAUAUUAGAUGUAUAUAAGCAUUAAAUUUUCUUUCUUUUUUUUUUUUUUGAAUAGCAUUAGUAAAUAUUUCUUGUAGCUAAAGUUUUUUUAUCAGAAAGCAGUUUUCUUUUUACUAAACAAGUUUAGUUCAUUGUGUGUGAAAUUUCGUUUUGGAAAAAUUGUAUAUUUUUAUAAGUUUAUGAUGAAAACAUAGUAAUUAGUCAUGUUUAUAUAUUGUUAUGAUCUUUACAUAAAUGUAUUAUUUGUGACGUUAAAAUAUUGUACAUAUUGCCAUAGAAUUUGAAAUGUAAUUUUUUCUUAUUAUUUUGAGAACUAUUCAAGAAAUAUUUUGUGCUUUCAAAUUAAAGCCAAUAUCAUUCAGAUAAUAGCAAUAAAAUGUAGAGCUGUGCCGAUCCGUAUAGGCAGGUACCGAUAUUGCCGAUAUUUUGGUGUGUCGGAUCGUAUUCAGGAUCCACCAAAAUGAGAAAAAAAUUGCCAAUACUGUACGUUUUUGCCCAGAUAUUGUUAUUGUUAAAUUGUUUUACUUAAUUAUUUCGAGGAUUUGUAAUAAACUUUACCAUAAUUAUUGCACGAAUAGGUAUGUAAUAAUUAUUUAAAAUUAGGUUUCAUAAUUAACUUCGCAACACGGUAUAAGUUUCCCCGAAUUACGAUUCUUUUUUCUUGUCAUGUUUAUCGUGCGACAUAAAAUGGCGAUGUCUCGCAGUCCGUACACAAAGACCGGGCGCGGUAAUAAAAGCCGUAAAUAUACAUCUAAGAUAACGUGUUUACAAAAUACAAAAUGCUUUGGCAGUUUUCUUAAAACAUAUGUCUGUUUAGCUAACUUAUCCCCAAAAAUAAAUUUUCACCAAAGCCAACUAAUAAGCAGUUUUAUUUCUGUUUACGUUUCAUACGACCGGCAGUAGUUUGAGAAGUGAGCGAGAGAUAGGUCUCACGUCGCUACAUUAGGUAGUUAGUACGUUUCCAGACAGAUGGCUCUCAAAGCGUAAUCGAUUGACCAAAUUUCGAUUUUCUUUUAGCGUACCGCUUGAAUAAAAUACGUGUUUUGUUUAUUAAAAGCAACGAAACUGCUAAAAAUUAUUAUUUAUUGUGACGCCUGUAACUUUACGAGAUACUUCAGCUUUACAAUCCAAAUAUAAACAAAUGCAGUAAUUAAUGCAUCCUUGAAAUUUUUUUAUUAGACUUUUUUUUUGUUUCGGUAAUGCUAAAAGUCGGAAAUUAAGUAACACACGUGCUUGUUAUUUUUCUGUAGUGUUGAGAGGCCGAAUAAAAAAAUAUUUGUGAGAAUACCAUGUCUUUAAUUUGGCAAUACUUUACAGUUUUAGAAGACGAUAAUUCCAAAGCUAAAUGUACAAUUUGUGGUGUUAUAAGAUCGAGAGGUGAAACAAAAGUACGUGGUUUCAAUACUACAAAUCUAAGAAAACACCUAGAAAAGGAACAUGCAAAAUUAACAAUGAGAGUAAAAGGCAGUGCAUUGUUAGACCAUUCAAAAUUGACAUAGAACACAUUGCUAGUCUUUCUUUAGUAUGCAUUAUUUGUAAAAUGUUUUUUUUAUUAUUGUUAGACUUUUUAUAUUGGGAGUUGUGAAUUAAGCUAAAGGGCCAAUAAAAUAAACUUAAACAAAAAGCCACCUUUUUAAAAUUAAUUAUGUAAUAAGUUGUGUUUGUCAGCUACAUAUUUUUCCCCUUGAUUAGUCUUAAGACAAACCUGCGUUUCAGUGAACAGUUUUAUCAAACAACUAUAAUAGGCCUAGUCUUGCUUUCAUUUUUAAAUCCUUGAAAUGUCAGAAGUAUAACUGUCGAUAAAGAAGAAAGCUUAGUUUAAGAUAUGUUCUGCUUGAAGACUAUUUUGUGUUAUAGGCUUAAUUUUCUGCAUGUUAAGUUGUAAGCAUUCUGUGUACAUUUGCAUAUUGUAAAAAAAAAAAAUACAUAUUCAGACAUUAAACACACAGCAAAUUUGCAACUCCUGUUAUAUUUUACAUUUUUAUUUUAUUUUGAUACAGGUGUAAGUAAAAAUUGAAGGUUGGAGGUAUGUACGUAUACAAUUUUUAUAUUAAUAAUAAUUUUAGCUAUUGAAACAUUCACAAAAAUGUAAAAAUAAGUAUACAUAAAUAUUAAAAUUAUUUUAUAUUGUAUCGGUCCGGGAUCGGCCGAUAUUAAAAAUUCAUAUCAGCAUAUCAGUAGAUCAGUGUAUCAGCAAAAUUUGUAGAUCGGCACAGCUCUAAUAAAAUGUUUGGAUUUGAAAUCUACUUUUAUUAGAAUAAAUUAAUAUUAGAAUUCAGUCAUAUAAAGAAACACAAUUUUGCCCUUGAACUUAUGACAUUUAAUAAAAAAAACCUAAAUUUUGUUAUUUCAUGCUAGUAACCUAAAUAUUUGAAAAAUAAAACUUAAGAUUAAUUUUUCUAAUCUUCUUAACUGUGGAUUAAUCAAUAAUAGAUCAUUAUUAGAUUCAAUUUUAUGGAUGGAACUGAAAUGGUAUUCUGUGUCAACAAGCUUUUUGUUUGUAGAAUAAGCAAUUCAGUUAGUAAACAUUAACAAACAUCAUACAUGAAAAUUUGAUUGAGAUUCGAUUCAUCUAGCUGCAAUAUUGCUUUGGUAUAUGUUCUUAUUCAGUUAAAUGGUCAUAUUUUGUUAUUAAAACUGUAGUUGGGAAAUUUUCACAUAAAUGUAGUUAUUCAUGUUUUUUUUUAUUACUAUGCAUUAUCAUUAUUGUCCUUAUUAUUUCUAUACAAAUCAUUAAAGUAAGGAUAUUUAUAACCUAAAACUCUUGCCUUAAAAUCCUGUGAAGGUUAAGAAAUUGAAGAGUAUUGCAAUAUUUGGCAAUAGGUUUGAGUUUGAUUGCUUGAUCAUGUAACAGUGCUUUUAAGUUAGUGUACAUCAAAAAAAAAUAUUUGCAGAUGUCUCAAAAUACUGUCACUUCUGGUUACUUUUGUGAUGUUAGAUUGUGUUGAGUUUCAUAAUUUUUUGGUUUUGCCAGCUCUUGAGCUAUAAACUUUAUCAUGUCUGUGUUUUGGUUGGUUAUUAGUUCAAUUCUUAGUUCGUAUUUAAACAUAUAUGCUUAAGAGUAAUUUCACUUUUAUAUAUGUAAGUAUUUUUUAAACCUUUGUUUAUUACUACUGGGUAAAAAAAAAUAAUGAACUAAAAUAACAACAAAUAAGUAUUUGAUUUGUUAGUACAAAAGUUAAAUAUUUAUAUUUAUAUUUCUAAUAGAAAAAUCUAGAGCUGUGCUGACUUAAAUCAGUUUUUAUCAAAUUCGCAAAUGUUAUCAUUCAAAGCUCCACAACUACCAAUGUAGGAAUUUGACACUAUUUUUCAAAAAAUUUUUAAUAACUUGUGGAUAAAUUUCAGUGUGUUAUUAAUUAAAGCUCAUAUUUAUGUUCAAGCUGUGUAUGUUAUUUUCGAAAGGAAUCAUUUAUUUUGUAUUGAUACAAAUUUUAAACCCUUAAGUCACCACUGUCACAAAAAUAUUUAUGAUUGGCUUCUUAAUAAACUCGCAACUGAGGAAGUCAUUAAGAUGGGAAAAUGGUAGGAUAAAAAUCAUUAAAAACAAUUACUAUAAACAGAAAAUAACUUAAAAUCGCUAUAUUGAAAUACUUCUUACCACGAAAUAAGUCAAUAAUGGAAAAGGAUACGGAAAUAUUAAUAUGCUAAUUGCAUUGUUAAAAUUUCUUAAGGUAGACGGAUGCAAUAAAUAAAAAAAAUAGUGGAUCCUGGGAAAUAAGGUUAAUAAUAAAUCAAGUGAAAAGUUAACGUAAGAAACAAAAUAAGCACUGAAGCGACUAGUAUGCAUACAACCCCUAUACACUCUAAAAUAAAUUAAAACAGUCUACAUAGAGUAUAGAAUCAGCAAAGGCAUCUUAAUGUUAUGUGAGUGGAUACCUAACUACCUAAUCUUGCCUUAUUCAUAAAUAACAGAAUCAUUUCUGUAUCUGAAAUUACAGUUAUUUUUCAGAUUGUUUAAAUAACGUAUAAUAACUACCUAAUAACUAGGCCUGUGCGAAUAUUCGAAUUUUCGAAUAUCAAAACGAAUAGUUUAUUAUUCGUAUUCGAUUUGAUUUUGAAUACUAACACUUUGAAAAAACGAAUAUUCAGUCAUUUACGAAAAAGGCUGAGCGGGAUCACUGAAACCGGUAAACCGGGAAACAUUUCGGGAUCACGGAGGUUUCUCUCGUUGGGCAGGGGCAAAAGUUCCGCGGGAUUUUCGUAAUGUUUUAGAGUUAUGUAUGUGGUGUUAUUCCACUACAUCUGGCCACGUAAAGCCCGUUUGAACACAGUAAUUCGGAGCGAUAACUAACGUAUUUUAUAUAGAAGAAUGUCGUCAGGUCGUUUAAAUUAGAUUUGAACUGUCAGUAUACUGAUAAAGAUAAAUAUGUGUCUGUAAAAUCCACACAACCGGGACGUUAUAGGUGACAGUUUUCAGAUUAGAGGGUGAAACAUGGUUUGUCGGCACUGUAAUUUCGUUCCGAAGAUUACGGCGAAGAGGAAGAAAAUUGUACAGACCAUGUGGAAAACAUCUGGCCGCAUACUCACAGCAAAGACUCCAAAAGCCUAACAUGCUACAUCAAUGUUUUUCAAUAGGAUAAUACACUGUAAACGACCGGAUGCAGGCGGCAAACACCCCCCCACCUUUUCAUACCCUUCCCACCCUUCCCAAAUUCCUCGUGUAGUGACAGCUCAGGCAAUUAUCCUGUCCCGCGCGUCAAAAAAAAACUCUUGCCAAGAACUUACUUAGCUUGCGAUCACGUUACAUGGUGUACCAAGAUUGUGAGGUAAAUGUGUUUUCUAUGAUGGUAGAUCCAUGGUUCAAAGAUUCACUAAUUGGGGAUGAAAAUUUAAAAAAAAUAUUGGUUGAAAAUUUGUGCAGGGAGGUAUGUAAGCUGUGUAAGCUGAACACAGUAGCUGAAACUAUAGCUGAGACAAGUGAGGCUACAAGUGAAAUGCCUAUUAAGAAGUCAUCUCUGUGGGCCUACGUGAAACCUUCAACAGCAGCUCAGUCUACUCUUGCAAGCUACGAAGAAACUAUCCAAGGAGAAGUAAACGAAUAUCUGGCAGCACCCUUAAUCCCAAAGAAUGAAAAUCCUUUCAGUUUCUAGUCAGAGAAGGGGCGCACUUGUUUCCGAAACAUAGCUGUGGUAGUAAGAAAGUACUUGUCUAUGCCUGCCACACAAGUGUGCAGUGAGAGACUUUUCUCAACAGCUGGCAACAUUGUGACGUGUAGAAGAGAGAGUCUACUCCCCGAAAAUGUAGAGCAGCUUGUGUUUCUCCACAAAAAUUUAAAUUUGCUAAUAUGUAGUGAUUUGACAAGACUCUUUUUAAUACGAACUAAUUAUAAAAUUGGAGAACCUUAAAAUUUUAAGUACUGUCAGUUUUUUGAUUCUACAUACAUUGUAUCAGUAAAUAUGUACCUGUUAUCAUAUUGUAAUGUGAUGUGAUAUACCUAACAUGUUUUAUGGGAUUUCAAUUCUCAUUCCAAUUAUUCGAACUCAAUAUUCGUAUUCGAGAAUAAUUUGGUAUUCGUAUUCGAAUUCGAUUCUAACUAAAAAACUGAUAUUCGCACAGGCUUACUAAUAACGUAUGAAAUAGUGUGAAUGGAAGUUUUAAUGUUUUGAAUUAUAUUGCCCAUUACAAAAAAUUUAUUAUAACACGGUGUUCUUAAAUGUAAACACGAAUGACAUACUAUGAAAACCAUUACUGAAUUGGCUUAAUAACAAUGAGCAGCCUUUUUAUGUUCUAAUAGUGUGUGAAAGUUAUGAAAAUUUAACAAUCCAAAUGGUCAACACAUAUCUAGUGUUUUAUUGCUUUAUUGUAUUCCCAAAUUGCAAUUUUUCAUAUUGUAGGACAACAUUUAAGUUUCAUUUCAUAUAAAGAUAAACUUGCACAUACACAUCAUUUCAAUUCCAGAAUUGGACAAUAAAAAUAUAGAGCAUUCGGACUUUUAACUAGUACGUUGUAGCCCAUUAUGUUUUGUUUGCUCUCAAGAGCAUUAUCAUUCUCGUUUUUACCUCAAAUGUAAACACGGUGAAGAUUACGCACACCCACUCCCCAACUUCUUAACUCCAUGAUACAAACAUAUACUUUAACCUGUACCAGCUGCCAAUGUAAGUUUUUUAUAAACUUCAUAGAUAAAUACAUGAUAAAAAGAGGUGAAAAUGAGACUAAAAGUAGGACUGUGCAAAAAUUCAAAUAUUAAAACGAAUAUGUAGGUUUAUUAUUCGGAUUCGAUUCGAUUUUGGAUACUUACACUUUGUAAACAAAUGAAUAUUCAGUUAUUUACAAAUAUUGCUGUGCUAGUUCUCGAAAUUCUGGUAAAAUUUCGGGGUCACAGAAGAUUCUCUCGUCGGGUAGGGAAACAAUUUCUACAGGAUUUAUGAAAUGUUUUAGGGUUUUUUUUAUGUGGCGUUAUUUGCUACAUAUGGCCAUGUAAUUUUUGUGAAGACUACUAUAGUAAAGCUGGAUUAAACACAGUAAUUCGGAACCAUUUACCAACACCCACGUUAUCGGCUAAAGUAUUUUAUGGAGAAAAGAGUUUGGCAGGUUGUUAGAAGUAGAUUAGAACUGACAGCAUACGGAUCAGGAUAAAUGUGUGCUUGUAAAAAUCAAAACACUGCGUGCUGAUGUUAAAGUUGACCGUUUUCAGAUCAUAGGGUAGAAUCAUAAUAUAAAUCUGGCCUAUAAAUUAAUGUUUAGCAGGAUGUUGGUGAAUUUGUAUUACAGAAUUGGUUCAUUGUUGACUCAGCACAUAUGCAACAUUUUGUGAAUUGGCACAGCUCUAGAAAAAUGUUUUGUGUAAAAGAGUAAAAGACUUUAUGUAUCAUCUGAACUUGUCGCUAUGCUUAGCUACAUAGUUUAGGUGUUAAGUUGUUUCUUUUAAAGCAACCUCUUAUUAGGUUUCAAACAUUCAUUAACCAUAAAACCCCAAUGAUUUUGUUUUUUUCUUCAGUUGAGUCUCUCUUGUAACAAUGUGAAAAUGGUUUGUUUUGGCUGCCCUUAGAAUCCAUCAAAUUCAUUUUUAAAGUUGAUACAACAUGAUACAUAUUCUAUAUUUUAAGCUGUAUGUUUGUUGGAUCUCAUUGCAAUGAAAUAACUGGAAAAAUCUUUAAGGUGGCUAACUUUAUAUUGAUCAUCAUCACAGUUGAGUUUUUAUAUUUUGGUGUGUCGUAUGUUUUGCUUUGUAUUGUGUAUUUUAUGAUUUGUUGCGUUGUCGGUACAUAAAGUCUGCAUGUUGGUUGUCUCCAGACCAAAGCAGUUUGAUAAAUACAUUUUUUUAAUUAUGUAUUUUAUUUAUUCUUUGUUGGACAAAUAUAUUUUGAGUAUACAGCAUGUGUGAAAAUGCAGCUUUCAGUUAGUGUUUGGCAUAUGUGUGCUUGUAUGACCCACGUAUGACAGUAAAGUUUCUUUAUCCAUGACAAAUGUUACUUGCUGAACAGGUUCAGGUACGCGAGAGUGGAACUUUUGAAGAUCCUUUUAAAAUUGUUGCAGUUAUUUUUCUAAGCCAUUUGAUGACUUUUAUUUGCAGCCAGUGCUAAGAUGAACUGCCUUGUAUUGUUCUUUGGGACAAGUUCCAGGUGGCCUUAGCAACGGAUGUUUUUUCCAGACAUUGUAGUACAUGGUUCCUUUUCGCAAUCCACAGGAAAGCAGUUUUUACUUUCAUUUUUACACAACUCCCAAGCAUUUUUUUUAAAGUCAGUUUUACUUUAAAUUGUUACAUUUUAUGUUUCAUAGUUCUAUUAAAACUUUAAACUAGGUAUACGGGAUGUUUCUGGACAGCAUAGGUGGUAACCCAAACAGUAACAAAUAGUCUUUAGUAUCUCUGUAAAAGUAAAAAGUAUUUUAAAAAUUUUAUUUUUAAGGAUGUAUCAUUUUCAUGGGAAUCACUCAAGGAAGAAAGUGGUGAACAUCAUUUUGCCUUAUUUAGUUGUAAGGAAUCAUCUGCUAUUCAAAUAUAUCCUGUGCACAUCCAAAUGUUUUUAUAGUUUUGGGAUAUAUCACUCCCAAUGAGUCCUGCAUUAUGAUUUUCCAUGUCUGCAAGAAAAUAGCAGAAUUUUUUUACGUACAAUAAUUAACUUGACUUUAUAAAGUAUCAUAAAACAAUAUCUAUAACCAAUCAAAAAUAUAAUAAAUUAAUUGCUUAAAACUACAUUAUUAAAUUUUGAUUCCCAAAUGUAACAUUAUUCAGCUAUUUAGUUGUGCAUACCCAGCCCCUUAAUACGGUCAGACCUAAGUGGUAAUAUUCUUUUUUUUUUUUUCCAUAAGAAAAUAAAAUUUUCUGAACCAAAUCCACUUAACUACAAAACAAAACAUUCUAGUAUAACUAUUUCCAUUACAGUUUUGUUCCCUGUACCUGUGAAACAAUAAGUUUGUAGAAUUUGUCUACUAGAAUGUUUUUGUUAGAAAGACAGUUUGAGUUCAAAGUGGUUUUUUACUUCUGAGAAAGAAAAGAAGUGCAAAUCACAUUAUUGUGUCUCUUCAGUAGCCAUAUGAAAGCCCUAAAGUAGGUGUUUAUUUCUUUCCUUUCCUUAAAGCUUACAGCUUUUUUUUUUGCAAGUAUUGUGGGAUCAAAAUCAUAUAUAUAUAUAUAUAUAUAUAUAUAUAUAUAUAUAUAUAUAUAUAUAUAUAUAUAUACACACAUACACACACAUACAUACAUACACACACACACACACUCUGUGUGCACAUGCAUGCAUAUGUGAGAGAGUAUGUGUACAUGAACAUAUGUGCGCAUGUGUGUAUGCAUGCACAUGCAUGUGUGUGUUUAUGCAUACAUGUGCAUGCGUGUGUAAUGCAUGCAUGUGUGUGUGUGUACGGGUGCAUACAUAUGACAUUGUUUUUGGGGUCCUGUGGACCAUAAAACAGAAAACCAUAUAAAAAUGUUUCCUGGAGUCGCACCACACUAACAGCUGCAAGAGGUAGUGUUUCUUCGAAAUCUUCCCAAUUAGACAUGCUCUGAAAAACCAAGUUUCUCUGGCUUUUAAGCUACUUUCGUAUAUUAUUUGUUUGUUAUAAACUGUAAUGAAUGAGCACAUAUGAAUUUUUAUUAUGUGCAUGCAGUGGGAAAACUGCUUAACACACGCAAUGCAAGUUUACAAAUGCUACCUGGAGGCAAGGUAACGAGAGAUCUUGUAAGACAAUGAGACCAUUAACCUGUUCAGCAAGCCAUAUUAUGAUUUCUUUCUGUAGGUUUCGUCUUGCUCUUGGUUCAAGAAAUAUGUAUAAACAUUGCUUUAUUUGUCAAUUUUGUAAGUUCAGUGUUAAGUCUUGGUACAAUCUACAAUAUGAAACUGUUAAAGGGUAUGUUUUGCCAAGAAUUUGGUUGGCUUGCCAUCAGUAAGUGUGAGAGAGUAUUUUGUUUUGAAUAAUUGUGGUUCUUAGUUUCCAUGCUUGGUUUCUGUACAUUAUGCAUAUUGUGUAUGUUUAUUUUAGUUGAAAGUAUUUUAAACAUUGUAUGUGUACUAUGUUAUAGCUAUAAGAUAUUUAUGAGCAUAAAAAUACCAUUUUAAAGAUGAAAGCUUGUUUAUCCUGUGUGUGAAACAGAAUUUCCAAUAGCCAUUUUUCUGUUGUCAUUCAACUUCCUUCGCUUGGAUGGAAAACAAUAACAUGGAAAAUUAUUACAAAUUUUUUUCUCCCACAAUGAAUUGAUUUAAGUGCAUUUAUCGUAAAGUCUGGUGGCUGGACUUAUCAUCCCGUAACUGUAGUAUUUAUUACUUCGCACCUUUCAGCCUAAAUGUUUUUAUAAAGUAGAGUUUAAAAUAAUAAGUUGUGAAGUGUUGAAACCAUUUAUUAUGUUAUUAAUACCCACAAGCAUAACCUAGAAUUUAUUUUCAGAGGGGAUUAUUUUAUGGAGGUGGAUGAGAUCAUAGCGCACUCUUCAGUGCAAAAAUAUUUGAUGUCUAACUACAGGAAUAUAAAUUCCCUCUAUUUUCCGAAAUUUGAGGAGAUGCUUGGGGACAGUCCCACGAUAUCCUUGCCCUUUGUUACGAUUGCAGCAGACGUAGGAAACCGCAAGCAGCAUCUCAAAACGCCAACACCACGGCAGUCCUGUGUAACUCUCACGCUGGAAUGAGCACAUGAGUGUCCUGCCCGUUUAUUGCUCUGCUCCCGUGUCUGGAUGAGGGAUCCCUAGUCGACGGGACAAGAUUUUAUGCGUUUUUUUUAAGGACAAUAUCUUUUUUAAAACGGAAGCUUUCGGUGUAAUGGUUUUAAUUUUUAUAUGUUGUCUUUAUUCAUUAAAAUUAAAGUUUAUUACCAACAAAAUUGAAACUAAAAUAUUUCUUAAAAUUUGUUUCACUAAAAUAUUCUCAUUAACACUCAAUGCACUAAUACAGCAAAAUCAUAAGUAAUAGAGGCAUGCUCCACACUUCAGUGUCUCUCGUUAAGUACUGUUAAAUUGAUUUGUCACCUUUCAUAUAUUUAUUAUUUAUGUAUUUAUAACUCGUUUGGUUGAGUUAAUUUGUUUGGUUUGGAACGGAACUUUUGUUGCGUCUCGAGUGUACCGAUAAAUUUUGCCACUCAGCCGUCAGCGCACCGAAACUGUCUGCGCCGUGGCGUGUUUUUCAUUUCCGUGCCACUGCACGGCCCAACCGACGCGUAGAGUCUGAACUGUGGCUGCUGCGCUCGUCGCACGCGGGACUUUUGACGCGAGACCUCGGACUGUGAACUUCUACUACUGUGGCCGAGCUGUUAACAUCAUGAGCGGAGGUGUCACACGAAUGACUUGGACUGCAUAGUUGCUGCAUGACAACAAGUAAGCAGAGUCUUCAUGCCUGUGGCAGCCAGCCGUCGGGCCGUGGUUGGCGUUUUGGCGUGUGUUGGAACCAACUUAAAAUUACUGAACGCAUCGGCUGUGGCGGUUCAUCAAUGACUUAGUCACGCAGGUGACAGAUUUUGCUAAAAUAGUUUUCUAGUAAAUUUUCAGCAUGUUGUGGUUGAUGAGUCACAGUGUUGACUUUUAACUGGUUUAGGUUUGUGAUAUUCACUGAUUGGUUGUGGUGUGGACUAGAAAGUGUCGUGAUGUGAAACGGGGUGCAUUUGGCAAGUUUUGUAGUAGUUGUUGCACUCGUUUGGCCUCGGAACUACGUGGAUCAUCAUCGAUGACUAGGGACAAGAUUUUAUGGUUUUAUUUUUUGGCCAAUUUCAUUUUUGAAAAAGGAGAGUUCUGUGUCAUUGUUUUUAUUAUUUAACAAAUAUGAAACUAAAAUGUUUCUUAGUACUUAUUUCACCAAAAUAGUCUCAUUUUGACUAACGCAGUCAAGAUGCACUUAUACGACAAAAUCGUUACUAAUAACAAUAAGUAAGUCAAGAGCAUAACUACUCAGAAAAUAUAUACAUAAAGCCAAAUUUGCCAACAUCAAUAAUGUAAAAACAUGUUAGUAAUAAGAGAUCCAAAAACAAACAACGUAAUAUUAAUUUUUUUCAAUCUGUUCAGUUAAUAUAUUUUGCUACGAAAUUCAUGCUAAAUAAAUUUCACCCAAUGAAUUAACCAUCGUAAAAUAUAAAAUCUUUGUGAUGUGAGUUAAAUUUGGUCAAAUCGCCGAUUGUUUUCAUAUUUUUAGUUUCAUUUCGGUGCUGAAAGAUGUAUUAACUUACAUUUCUGUGUUUAUGGUGUAUCGUCAUUCUUUGUGGUGUUACUUCGGUUUUAUCGCAAUGCACAAUAUAAUCUUCGUGACAGCUUGCUGAGUACAGAACUGAGCAAAAAUAUUCACUGAAGGUUUCUUGAAAUGUUUUCAUGAAGUGAAACUUUUCUUUGCUUAGGAUGGCUACAAUUUUCAAGCAUUGCGAAAAUUCAGAUCGCACGAGGGGAAUAGUUGGGUACGUGGUGGGGAACCAGUGAAAGAGGAAAGUGCUUCAGCGGCGACGCCACUCCAACGCAUGCGCUAGCGGUCGAAUGGGAAUACGGCAGGAUAGGUACGUAGUGGAGCAUGCUAUAUGGUAGUUGUAACACCCGGAAGGGGAGACGGCAGGGGAGAGGUAGAAAUGACGCAGCAGAGAUGCUGCGUAAUUCUCGUAACUCUCUUGUGUUUGUCUACUCUGUAGUGUUUUUUUUUUUGAGAUCAUACCCGCAUCUUUAUUAUUUUCAAUUAUUAGCUCUUGUUCCAUAAUAAAAAAAGUACUAAUAAUUUAUCUAUGCCUAAUAAUUGAGACAUGCAAAAUUCGCGGAUUCAUUUCACGAUAGGCUAGCAUCAAAACAACUAUACCUUCCUACUGCUUCUGUGAUUGGCCCACAUUUUAUCCGGGGAACUGUGAGCUAAUGGGAAACACUAAACCAAGAAAGUGCCGAAUUAGGGACAGCCUAGUUGAGACGUCUCACGCGUCAGUAGCCAAUGAACAGGUGUCAUUUCCGCGAGUAUUUAAAGGACUGUAGAGUCUAUCCUAAAGGUCAAUGAAUCCGCGAAUUUUGCAGGUCACUACUAAUAAUCAAGAAGUUUCACUUCUGUCGCACGUAGACUCCACACACACACUUUCAUUUGUAGUGCUACCCUCCCCCCCAUCAGGAAGUUUCAGCCACCAGGACGCUCGGUGCGGACAGAACUCUAUCUGCCUGUUCAGGUGACGUCCGUUUUCCCCCAAACACACAGAAACUUGUUUGCAAUGAGGCCAUUUUUCUAUAUAUCGUACGUGUUUAUCAUUGUUAUGUAUUUGUGAACACUGCUUGAAAUAAAGUCUUGUUAUUA